UAUUAAAACUUUCCGGCAGAGGAAUGAACUGCGUCUAGAACCCGUAGUGGUGGGGCGAGCCGAAUGUUUUGAUUCAUUUCGACCAAUCAGCUCGUUCGCGUGACGUCAUUCAUGAAGAAACGAAUCGCUAAAAUACAGACAAGUCUCGAACCUAAACAGAACGAAAACAGUGUAAUGUUUUGACUACGGGUUUUUAUCACAAUUAGCACAACAGUAGUAUUGGAUUGUUGUAGCGUUUGUUUUUGUUGUUGUUCUUAUUAUUGUUAUUGUUUAUUAUUUAUCAUUUUCGUUUAGCUUUUUUCUUUUUGAAAAAAUUUAUAUUAUUUUAUGGUGUAAUUUUUCACAUUAUUUUCCGAAAGUGCACAUUAAUUAUGGAUUCUUUAAGAGAACAAGUGAUGAUAAAUCAGUUCGUUUCCGCCGCUGGUUGUGCCCGAGAUCAAGCCAAACAGUUAUUGCAGUCUGCGCAUUGGCAGUUUGAGACGGCGCUCAGUAUAUUUUUCCAAGAAUCAACAUUGCCAGGUUACCAACAUGCAGCUGCUGCUAAUUUCGGAUUGAUGACGCCAUGUAAUACACCAGCAACUCCACCCAACUUUCCUGAUGCGAUGUUAGCAUUUUCAAAAAUGAGCACGAACGAUAAAGUCAGCACAUCGCCCUCUGGUUUAUUUUCAUCUUCACCGAAGCAGUGCUCGCAACAACAGCUGCUACUGCAACAACAGCAACAACAUCAACAACAACUACAUCAUCAUCAUCAGCUGCAAAAUGAUACUCAAACUGUACAGUUAGUCGAACCUGUACUUUUAGCUGACAGUCAGAAAAAUCAUUCAGACGAAGUUGUAUUUAAUAAUAGAUAAAUAUACCUAUACAUUAAGUUAUGACAAUUUAUCAUUUGUAUUUCUUUUUCUUUUAUUUUUAUUAUUAUUACUUUUUUUUCAUUUAUAUGUGUAUUUAGCUAAAAAGCGUAUAUAAUGUGUGAACUUUUACCAUUUUUUUUCUUAUAUAUUUCAGCUUUUUGUAUGUUUAAUUAUUAAUUCUUCACCAAAUAACUAUCCUAUUCAUAAUUUUUUUUUGUAGCAUUGUUAUUGUGUGUGUUUUUUUGUACUUCGUGUUUAUAAUUGUGAAACCUGGCACGAAAGAUGAGAGAUGAUGACUUUAUAUACUUUUUUCUGUUGCGAACAAGAUGUGUUUUUUUUUCUCCUGAGAUGAUUUAGUUUAUGUAUGUACAAUUUUGUUACGAUGAAAGUUGUUGCAAUUUAGAAUAUAUUAGUUACUUACUUACCUGAUUUAAAAUUAAGAUGAGAAAAAAAAUAAGGAAUAUUGUUCGGUAUCGGACUUGGCACAUCAUAUGACCUCACAAAUGUAUAUUGAUGAUCGUUGUUAUUAUGAAGAACGAGAACGACGGGAGUAAUAUUAGGCCUAUAGUGGUGUUGUUGUAUCCGUACCUAGAAAAUUGGAACGGAGAUUUGCAGAAUGUAAUGUUCCUUUGUUAAAAGUAAUUUAUCCAUUACGAUAACGAAUAUUUUUGUUUUUGUUGAAAAAAUUAUAUGUGUGUUUGUUUUUUAAGUUGUUGAUAUUAUGUAGGAAUAAUUUAUACGAUGUAAGCGUUGUUUGAAAGCUGUAGGAAGGAGUCGAGUGUAUAUAGUAUGUUUUUUGUCUCUUUUUUUAAAAAUGAAAUAUAAUGAUUUAAAGUAAAA